UGCAAAAGUUUGUUUCUACCGAAGCCGUCCCCUCACUGGCGAGGAGUUGGAUAAAGCUGCGAAGUGGCCCAUCGACUUCGAGUACUUACGUCGGACCCGCUACCGUUGUCACAGACGUCGUCAUGAGUAACAUCGAAUUUCAGCCAGCUGAGACAAUGACGGUCCAACUGGGCCGUCCAGAUUCCGGUACCCCCUGGGGAUUCCGUUUGCAGGGUGGGACGGACUUUAGCACCCCUCUCUCAGUGCAAGUUGUCCAGCCAAACAGUGUGGCUGAGCAGUGUGGCCUUCUGGCAGGGGACGCCAUCUUGAGAAUCAACGCUGAAAACACAGACAACUUGACACAUGAAAAUGCCAAAAUGGAAAUAGUGCGCUCAGGGAAUAACAUCGACAUGCUCGUUGCCAGGGGGGCGGUCAAGAUCUGGAAGCCACAAGUCACACCACUGUCCUCACUCCGACCAGCCGAACUCAAACCGAUUGUAUCAGCAACAGGAGAAGAGUUUGUUCCUGUACAGAAGACGUCCCUCGUCAUGAACAAGCCCGAGUCUGAACCAUGCAGAAUAGGCAGCACUCACAAUCGGGCAGCGAAGCCAUUCGGCGCUGCAGCAGCAGGUUCCACCAAGAGUGCAACGCCAAAUGUCGUCCAUUCACAGUAUAACACUCCCAUUGGGCUGUACUCCGCGGGCAACAUCGCCUCCACCUACUCUUCACAGACGGCUGGUAUACAACGCGAGAUGGAGAAGUUGGAUGUGAGUGAGUCUGAUGUGGGGUCGAGGAUGACUGGGACCUACCAACCCGUGACUAAGGAUCAGCCAGGUCAGGAGAGUGCACGCUACCAGGAGACAGAGGAGGGCCAGGAACCCGAAUAUAAGGGCUACACUAACCCGCAUGUUCAAUCACGCACGUUCAAAGCCCUGCAGGAUAACUUAGAACAGCAGGGCGAGAUGCCACAAUCAGGAGCAGGAUUCCGGUCCGUGAAGGCGCCGACAGCUCUCCCCGCAAGUCAGAAGAAACCCCAACAACCGUCCAUGAGAUGCGGGGGUUGUGACAUGCUUGCUACGGGUGUGAUUGUGAAAGCUAAUGGAGUCCCUUACCAUGUGGGCUGUUUCAAGUGUGCGGCAUGUGGUAUGAACCUCAAACAGAAAGGUUACUUUGUGGUUGAGGAGAAGCUGUACUGUGAGACCCACGCCAGACAGAGGGCCCAGGCUCCAGGGCCAGACAUGGUGUCUGUACCUGUCUACAGGUAAAUAUUUUGUGGAAGAUGAUCAAAUUGUGUGCAAGAAGUCCUCCCAGACCAACUACCAGCCCGGCCUGUCAUCCCUAUUUCCUUCCAUAGACUAACCAGUCAUAGUAGAUAGAAGAGUUCACUAGCAGAUAAUGGGGAUGAUAAGAUGAAAAAGGCAUUUCAAUAGUACAGAAGCUAGCGAGACCUCAGCUUUAAUCCCCUAGUUGUCUCCUCUAUCUGCUGAAGUUAGACAGGGUUGUCAUCAAAAUCAUCCUCAUCCCACUUGAAGUUUGUUUACUCUGUUUUACUUUCAUUCCUUGUGUUACAAGUAUGGUACACCUGUUGACGAAGGGUGCCAAGAGAUCUGAUAUUUUUGUCAUUACAUAUCAACAAAUUUUAGUUUGUUACAGACAUUUUAUUUGGGAAAUCUGUUUUUGUUUGGGUUAUCCCAACAAUUGUUUUACGGUUGAUACAUUCAGGUAAUAUUUAUGUGCACUGAAAUCUUAGAAAUUUCCUUAUGUCUGGAGUCAACGACUGUUUCUCUAUUAAAUAGAUUUGGCAAUUAUUUUACUAAUCACAAAUCAACAAAUUCAUUGGGGGCAGAGUUGAAAAAGAUGAAGCUAUGGUGAAAAAAAGAAGACUUUUUCAUUUCGGGACAAAUGUGCUAAAUUAUCUUUCCCAACAAUUAGUUUUACCAAGGCCCUAUUUUUCAAAGCAAUCGUCAAAGUACCACUGUCAAACGCUUUUUGUAGCUCUGUGAUUGCGUUGUGGAAUUGUAUUUUCACCCCCCUAACCCCUGAUGAAGUGCCAGUGUAUUUAACUGUUUACAAUUAUCAACAUGACAUAUUUUAACUGCAUUAUUGUGGUUUGAUAUCUUUCAUUCCAUUAUAAAAAGUAAUUAUUGUGCAAACUGGAAGAUAAAUUCAACAACUGCUAAAAACCUUGUUGACAUAAUUCAUUAUCAUGUUCCACCGGCUCUAUGCAGAGCCCUGUGAGUGUUAAGGGUUCACCUUGUUUUUUCCUGCGUUUUUGACCUGCAAUUUGUUCAGAACCGAAGUUUUAUUUUUUAGUUGUAAACAAUGUUAUGUUUAUUUUUUGCUCAAACAACUUCAACAACUCUGAUGGUGUCUAACUGUUUACACAUUACUGGUUUGUGUUUUGUGAUGCAGUGUUCAAGGAAAUGAGUCCCGACAAAGAUAUGUUGAUUGAAAGAAAACAACAAACAGAUAAAAAUAAUCAGUAGGUCUGCUAACCCCAGGAUGAAAGUUAAUUGUACGUUUAGCAGGGUUUCAAAUCCUCGCCUGCUUUUUCCCAUCAUCAGUUUCUAGUAAAGGGAAGUAACUCUAAAUCCUAGUUGUGAAUGGUUGUAUUCCGGUACUUCAUAGAAGGGAUAUAGACUUUAUUAACAAAAGUUUGUUCUUACUAAGGGGAAAUAACUCUGAAUCCCGACCAUGUGAACAGAGAUGUGAGAUAGUUAUGAUGUGUUAUAAGUUAUGAUUGUUAUUAGAUGCAUAAUGUUGUAUGCAUAUAUUUAUGGAGUCAUAAUGAAAUAUAAGAUCUGACGUUUAAACUACUGUGAUACAAGUGGUGAUGAUGUUUGUUAAGGGUACUACAGCAGUAAUUCGAGACAGGGUAACACUGAAAAUACUCUCUGAGUAAAUCUUUUUUUAUGGUAUAAGAUAAGUAUUUCUGGUAAUAUAAAUUCAUAUAAGGCCAGACCAAUUUAAUUACUUCCUUUUUAUGUUUUAUUUAUCACAGGAUAACUGAAAGCAAGAGUAAAAACAAUUAAAAAGUCAAUGAAUAUGUUUAUCACUGUUUUUUUUUUGUAUAAUGCAUACUUUUUUAGGUUUAUUCGUGGGUUGAAAAAUCUUUAUUAAGGGAAGAGGCAUGAACAAAUUUGCCAAAAUAUUUGUAACUGUAAACAUUAAGUUGGUCUGGCCUUAAAACUAUUUCUUCAUGUCGCUAAUUAAAAUCGUGCAUAGUUUGUAGAAAGAAUUUUGUAGUGAGGAUCAGAAUAACUAAAAUUUUUAUUUAUUUGUCCAUCUUUCCCGUCAUGGUCAUAAUUACAUUAUAUGUUUUCCAGUGGUCAACUCUCCUGUUUAAAAAGGUGCAAUGUGUUAUCCAUUUGUGUGUAUGUUUCAGUUUGCAAGAUGUUUUAGCCUGGAAUGUUAUUUGCUAAAUUUUGUACAAAUGUUCUUAAAAAAAUCUUUGAUAUAAUUCUGUUAUCUUGAAGUCUGGAGUCAGAGAUUCUUUCAUAAUAGAAGUUCUAUGAUAUUUUGUUAAAAAAUAUUUAUGCAUCCAUUCUGGGUACUUACCAAAGAAUACAUUUAGGGAAAUAAAGGUUUAUUUUGGGUAGAUUUAUGUGUAUUUAAGGACUAAGAGAUGUGAGUAUUUGGGCAAUAUGUAAUAUAAACAAUAUAUUUAUAAUUGAAAUUCAUGUCUCUUGAUUUUGAUAUUCAUUGAAAUUUUUUUAAUAGUAUUCAUAGGUAUAUUUUUGUGACAUAAAUACUUACAAUUCCAAUUGGAAGAGUUACAAGGAAACAUCUCCUGAACAGACUAGCAUCUGCUAAUGAGUUGAGCAGUUAUAGCUAUUGGCUAUACGUAUGCUGGUGGAGUGCUAACAUUGGUGCUAUAAACACAGGGUGGCUGUGUUCGGACGAUAAGGGCCAGAAUGUUCGACUGUAUCUUAAUAUGGCAAUAAAAUGUGCUUUCUUCAGUUUUCAA